GUCAAGUGACGCGUAUGUUGUGCUAAGGUGCUGUAACGGUGCAGAAUUGUUAGCACUAGGCGUGCAUUGGCCUGUCGUUUCAAGUUAAGGAAGUGUCAAUAUGUUGACCACAGCCGUAUGAAUGUAGUAUAGUUGAACUUAAUCAAAAUGCGAAGGGGCUAGUUUAUAUCCAUAUUUGAUUGUAUAGUAUUUUGCACAAGCUAGGCAGUAGCCUAGCCAUUAAAGCAGUAGUCCAGCUAGGGCUCUCAGGUCGCUACUAGACAUUUAAUUAUAGGUCACAUCGAGACCCUUUCUUUCAUAUAUAUCGUAUUGAGGUUGUCUCGGGAUGGAUUAUCUGGGAGUCAUCGGGUACUCCUUGUUCAUUCCGCUGUGUGCACUUCUGUUUGCAGCCUACAAACUUGGGUUGCUCUACCAGUUGUUCCACAAGGCCGAAACCAAGAGCCCGCGCCACGGCGGGGAGAGCGUCGCAGAGGUGCUGCGUGCGCACAACGUCAAGUAUGUCUUCACGCUCGUCGGUGGCCACAUCUCCCCCAUACUGGUGGCGUGUGAGAAGCUUGGCAUCCGCAUCGUGGACACCAGGCACGAGGCAACGGCCGUCUUCGCCGCCGACGCUGUGGCGAGGCUGUCGGGCACUGUGGGUGUAGCAGCAGUGACUGCUGGCCCAGGCCUCACCAACACUGUGACGGCGGUGAAGAACGCCCAGAUGGCAGAGUCGCCAUUGCUGCUCAUGGGCGGAGCCGCAGGAACUCUUCUUCAGGGCAGGGGAGCACUGCAAGACAUCGACCAGAUGUCCCUUUUCAAGCCACUGUGCAAGUUCUGUGCCUCCAUCAGGACGAUCCGUGAGAUCGUUCCCACGGUCAGGAAGGCUCUAGCCAUCGCCCAGUCCGGCACCCCCGGGCCAGUCUUCAUAGAGUUCCCCAUCGACACGCUGUACCCAUUCCACUUGGUGUCCAAGGAGUUUGGGGUCAAGAACCCGCCCAAGGGCCUGAUGGGGAAGGUUGUCACUUGGUAUCUUGAAAACCACCUCACAAACCUGUUUGCUGGAGCAUGGGAGACGAGAGAUGUGUCUCCGUUACCUGUUGACAUCCCGCACGCCACCGAUGAUCAGGUCCAAAAGUGCAUCGAGCUGGUAAGCCGGGCCAAGAAGCCCGUCAUUCUCUUGGGUAGCCAAGCCACACUGCCGCCAACUCCUGUGGAAGAUAUCAGGAAAGCCUUAGAGUUGCUGGGAAUCCCUUGCUUUCUGGGAGGCAUGUCUCGUGGCAUGCUGGGUAAAGACAGCCCCAUCCAUAUCAGACAGAACAGACGAGAUGCCCUUAAGGAGGCUGACGUGGUGCUGCUGGCAGGCACUGUGUGUGACUUCCGUCUGAGCUAUGGCAGGGUUCUGAACAGACGCAGUAAAGUCAUCGCCGUCAACAGAGAUAAAACUCAGCUGCUGAAGAACUCUGACAUGUUCUGGAAACCAACUGUUGCAAUCCAGGGGGAUGCUGGCUCAUUCCUGUUGCAGCUCUCCAAAGGCCUGAAGGGCCAUAAAUGUCCAGAGGAAUGGCCUCAGAGCCUCAAAGCAGGAGAUGAGACCAAAGAAAAUGCAAACAGGGCUAAAGCGGUGGAGAAGACGGACCGUCACUUGAAUCCUUUGAAAGUGCUCCACUGUGUGGAUGAGCUCAUGGCAGAAGACAGCAUCAUCGUCGCUGAUGGUGGGGAUUUUGUGGGCAGCGCGGCCUACAUCAUGAGGCCAAGAGGACCCCUACGCUGGCUGGAUCCAGGUGCCUUUGGGACGCUUGGAGUAGGAGGCGGGUUUGCCCUCGGAGCAAAGCUGUGCCGACCAGAAUCCGAGGUAUGGAUCGUCUACGGUGACGGCUCCUUGGGGUACAGCGUUGCAGAGUUUGACACCUUCACGAGGCAUAAGACGCCAGUCAUAGCUGUGGUGGGGAACGAUGCGUGUUGGAGUCAGAUUUCCAGGGAGCAGGUGCCCAUACUCGGCAGCAACGUUGCCUGUGGCCUCGCUUUCUCGGAUUACCAUAUUGUGGCUGACGGCUACGGAGGUAAGGGCUGCCUCAUAGGACGCGAGGACGAGGACAGGCUCAGUGAAAUCAUCAAGUCCGCUCAAAGGGAGUGCCGGGAAGGCAAGGCCAUGCUGCUCAACGUUCUGAUUGGCAAGACAGACUUCAGAGAGGGCUCCAUCUCUGUGUAGAGCGGGCCGGCGCUUGGUGCCCCGCUCAGACCCCAAAGUUUUGCCUGGCUUGCCUGAUGGAUUUGUCGUGGGUCAGGCAAAGAGGGAAAAUGGAAUGUAAUGCUAUGAAAUGAAUGAGUUCAAGACUGAUUAAGGACCAGCCCGGCCCUGACCAAACCCUGGCUAACCCUAUGUGCCCUUAAGAGUAACUUCAAGGUUAUUAUAGUUAUGAUGAUUAUUAUUAUUAUUUGAAUUAUAUUUUACAUGUUUACGUCGAUUAAGAGUUCUUUGAACAGUCAGCCACUACACAUAGGAUUCAUCACUCACUUUAUUUGGUUAUAUGUAUUGUUAUGGUUACAAAAUAUCAAACUUCAGUUAUAUGUCCGAAUGCGAACAGGCAUUAAUGAGUUAUUGAGACUGACUUUUACAUAAAUCUAUAUGGUAUGUGUGAUAGAAAUAUCUUAUGUGGAAAAAUUGUGUAACUGUUAAAACCAUGAAUGAGAAGUUAAUGGACUACAACUAUUCAGGAACUAUUUCAACCUCUACUUUUUCAAUGCUGCCUAAUUUAAGUUGCAUCUUUCUCUUGACUGCAUCUUUUUCACUUAUGCUAUUAAGAAUAGAUGAAACUGCUUCAGUUGACACUACAUUGGCUUUAGUUGUAUGACCAGGAUGCCCUUUCAGCCUGUAGAAUGUAUGCAUUGUGUAUUCAGUCUAACGAUUUACUUCUAUAGGCAUCUAUAUUUAAUCCGGUCAGUGGGUUUGAUUUAAAGAUGAAAAAGAUAAACCUCUAGGCCGCAAGUUUUUCUUUUAGUCAUAUUCAGAUAAAAAAGCACAUGAUAUGGUUUAAAUCCGAUAAUUUCUGAUCUAAUCUAUCAUGUAUUUGCAUACACAUUGCAUUAUUUUCAAAUUCUGCUUCAGUACACAUUUCAAGGGAAAAAAGGGUAUAUAUUCUGUGUUUGUUAAAUCAGAAAUACAUUUUAAUAAAAUAAGCAUUUAUGUGAAUAA